CACUAAGCUCUCCUCAAGUCAACCGUCGAAUGGGAGGGCGGUAUGGGAAAUGGAGGCCUAAGCGAGGGCGGCCGGGGAACCGAAUUGGCUUCUGGAUGGCAGAGCCGCCAGCUUGAGAGGUGUCAUGCAUAACUCCAGUUUUAAGUGAAUCAAGAAAGAUUAAUGGACGCUAUGAAGAUACCAAAACUGUUCUACGCUUUUGCAGUUUUUACAUGUGCUGCUAUUUAUGCGGUAUAUGUAAAAUGGCAUUUGGACUUUAAAACAAAAGCUGCCGUCAAUGAUUUGGAAAACUUACUCAAAAGUGAAACGUCAAGAACAGAUCAGGAAGUUCUUUAUGGAAUCAUGUUUGAUGCUGGAAGCACUGGGACUCGAAUACACAUAUUCAAAUUCACACAAAAACCAAAAGAAAUUCCUAAAUUAAUCCAUACCACAUUCAGAGCACUAAAGCCAGGACUUUCUGCAUAUGCUGACAGUGUUGAUAAGAGUGUUCAAGGAAUAAAUGAGCUACUGACAGUUGCUAAAGAAGAUGUUCCUCUGGAAUUGUGGAAGUCCACUCCUUUGGUCCUUAAAGCAACAGCUGGCUUAAGACUGCUGCCAAAAGAAAAGGCACAGAAAUUGUUGGAUAAGGUCAAGGACAUCUUUCAAGAAUCUCCGUUCCUUGUAAGGAGUGACUGUGUCUCUGUCAUGGAUGGAACAGAUGAAGGUAUUUCAGCAUGGAUCACUGUCAACUUCUUAACAGAUAGCUUGAAUGCUCCAAGAAAGAGAUGUGUAGGAAUGCUGGAUUUAGGAGGAGGCUCAACUCAGAUCACAUUUCUCCCAAGCAAUAAGACGGCUCUGGAGAGCUCCCCUGCUGGUCACAUCACUUCAUUUCAGAUGUUUAACACCACAUACCAACUGUAUUCACACAGUUACUUGGGACUUGGGUUAAUGUCGGCAAGGCUGGCGAUUUUAGGAGGAGUUGAAGGUCAAGCCUUAAAGGAAGGUGAAGAUCUUACAAGUUCCUGCUUAUCGCCUGGUUUCCAGGGUGAAUGGGAGCAUGCCAAGAUAAUGUACAAAAUUAAAGGGCAGAAGGCAGGAAAACCUCUCUUCGAAUCAUGUUCCAAUGAAAUAGCAAAACUGAUCAGCACAAAGGUUCAUAGGACAGAUGAAGUAAAGAAUUUGGAUUUUUAUGCUUUUUCCUACUAUUACGAUUUGGCAGUGGAUGCUGGCUUAAUAGAAUUUCUACCGUGUUUGCCAUCAGGGAUUUGGUCAGCCUUGCUGUCACAGCUUUUCAAUGAUAGGCAGCUUGAGGAAGGUUUCCUCCCCUUCCAGCUGUCCAGCAUCACCUGAUCCUUCAAUCAAGUGCUGACUCUACCUCCAGGAGGAGCUAACUCUUUCUUGCAUGCUUCACUCCUCCGCUGACCAGGAGGAAACUUCACAGCAAGCCAAACCUACAGUCUCUAUGAGAAAAGCACAUCAUCCUCAGGCAGGCUUUUUGCCUUUCCAGCAAGCAUUCUGAACCUAGUCUCAGAAACAAAUGUGACUUUUAUAUUGCAGUGUAUGCGUGCACAUUUGGGGGAAUUGCUUUUCUUAACUGUACAGUAUAGAAACUAACAAAUGGUGUCUUAAAAAAAUAUUUUGCUUUGUCCAACUUUACCAGUAGGCAUUGAGAUUUAUCUUCUGAAACUCAGCAUUUCUGUUCUUCAUAGUCUGUACCAUACUGGGUUAUUUGGGCGGUGUUCUGGGGGUUUUAAGGCCUUUCCCACAAUCUGAAGCCAGUUGGUGUCUCACUUGCUAGCAGCACACUGAAUUCUUAGUGCUGAAACUGAGUUGAUUUUUAAAUGAAAGGUUAAGAGCAAAAGGAAGGCGGUUACAAUGGCAAGUUGGUGUCUCUCUGCUGGAAGGUGAGUUUUGUCAUGAUGGAAACCCCAGUUGUGACCCAACCGUCGGUUGUCCUACCAAUGAUAGCAAGGAGCCCCCAAACCCGUCUUUCUUAAAAAUCUCAUUUACUUGAAAAUAUUGAAACCAGCCUGUGACCAUUCUUGCUAUUUCUUCCUUUUUUCCAAUCUUAUAGAACCUUCUUUGAAUUCAAGAAGAUCUCUCUAUAUUCCCCAGUUCUUUUCCAUAGUUUUUUUUUACAGCAGCUGCCUCCAUUGGGGAUAUCCAGCAUGGAGUCUUACUUCUAGGAGAUCCUUAUACCUGGCUUACUCAGACACUAUACAGACUCUUUCUGAUCACAUUAGAGAAUCCCUUGUGCACUUCAGCUUUAUCAUAAUACAGAUAACAUUGGCACCCAUACACUAGAUCAAAUCCUUUUAAGUCCAAGAUACCCGCAUCUUUCAAAUCCAUCCACUCCUUCAUCCAGCCCAGACAGGCUGCCUCAUAAUACAUUUUUAGGUCCAGCAGGGCAAACCCCCCUCUGUGCCAAUUAAAAUUUUGUAUUUAACCCCAGGUUUUUUCUCUUGCCAGACAAAAUGUUAUAUCUUUUUUCCAUUGUUUAAAGCAGUUGAUCUUUCUGAUCACAAGCAGGGAUUGAAAUCGGAAUAUCAUUUUUGAUAACACAUUCAUUUUUAUUGCAAAGAUUCUUCCUAACUAUGCGAGGUUAAUCCAGUUCCAUUUCUCCAUGUCUUUCUUAACUUCAAUACAAGUUUUAUUAUACUUGUCUUGGAUGACAAGCUAUACCCCCAGAUAUUUGACUUUCUUUUGAACAUGGAUAACAGAAAACGGGGCUACAGCUUAAGGGUGAAACUGCACAUUAUGAACCAUGUUUGAUUUGAAUAAUAAUAAGACGACGCAUGAGGAGAGGGGGACUUAUUUUUAUUCGGAUUGUGGUGUACAGGAAAAAGGAGUUUAGCCUUUUCCUUCCCCACCACAAUUCCAGUUAAAAACUGCCUUUCCUCCCUGCCACAAUCUGCAGGGGAACUUUCCCCUCUGGGCUAAAAGGGGUGGGUGGAGGUGCAGUUUUAGUCUGCAGAGGAAGAAAAAGUUAAACUUCUGCUCCCCUGCAUACUGCAGUCCUUUAAAAAAUUGCACAAAAAUUGUACAGUUACUUAAAAAAAACCUGACUUGGUUCCUAAUGAUGUAUCUAGUGUACAUCUGAUAUCCUGUUCAUGUAUACUUAAUGCAGCACUUCAUUUUAAGGCUGUGAAGGGUCUGGUCUAGGAGCCACUGUAGCUAACGGAAUGUUAAUAUUUUAAGCACCAACUCUUAGGUUGGAAAACAAAUCGAAUGCAAAAAACUCUUCCAGUUGUUUGAUUGUCCUUGGCUUGUCUGUUGAAGUAGCAUGUGUGCAAAUGAAUUUUGGAUAUUCAAAUUUUUUUACUGUCAAUUAAAAAAAUGCAAGUGAACAUCUGUACUGUUCUAAUUCAUGGAGGUGAAUAAUGAGUUACACAGCAUGUUAUACUGCCAUUUUCGAUUAUCUUCUAGCUGGUGACAGUACUGGUGAGGGACCUCUGUUGGCUCAACAGAGACCAUCUUACCACCUUCUCAGAACAGUCUCAUGCAAUGGUCCUGGAACCUGGGUUUACUUAUUUUUUUCCUUUUUCCUUACCGUUCUUCCCCUACCCCUUUGUAUUGUGUCUAUUGAAUUGCACACCUUUAUUUUAAAGUGCGAACCACCUUGAGUACAUUUGCAAUAAGGUAUCUUGCCUUUCCACAGGGGAACAUUUGUGCAGUUAUCCCAAGUACAGGCCUAUGAUAUAGGCAAAGCUGAGAGAGAAUAAGGAGAGACUUGUCGAUGGUUACCCAUUCCUCACCAAGACUAACACUUAGUAAUCUGCCCUCUACUGGCUCUUGGGUUUGACUUCCACAGAACAGAACUUAUACUUCAUGGGCUGUGUGCACACCAUACAUUUAAAGUGUGUAACUUCCCCCAAAGAAUUCUGUCAACCAUGGUUUGUUGUGGGUGCUGGGAAUUGUAGCCCUGUGAAUGAUAAACUACAAUUCCCAGGAUUCUUGGGGGGAGCCAUGCACUUGUAAGUGCAUGGUGCACAUGCAGCCAGUUUGCAUGCAUGCAUAGUAUGCAAAUACAGUACAGCUUUGUGUAUGUACAAAAUAUCAGUAUAUACUAUAGGUAAAAGCAUUCCAGUA